AUGGAGAAAAUACACUGCUUUCUCGCACUGCUUAUAGUGCUUUCGCCGAUACACAAUGCAUCUAGUCUCUUAGACGUCAGUGCUUUACCAAACCAUAUUGGCCGCGGAAUGCGAGAGCAUCAUGGAACCGAUAGAUGGAAAGAUAGUUACCCAAUCCAUUUUUCUUCGAGUCAAAAGAAGGCUUCAGACACUGUUGUUUACGCCUCCCACUAUGGAAAGGGCUACAGGAGUGGUAAAAGUUCAAAGAAGAGCUCAUCAUCGAAAAGUUCAAAGAAGUCAUCUGGAAAAGGAGGGUAUCACAGCCCACCGCAACAGUCAGGAGGAGGUCACACACCAACCCAACCAUCGCAUCCAGUCCAGCCACCUCAUCCGAGUCCAACUAACCGUCCAACAACUCCUCCCCCAAGUUCCAAUCGCCCCGUAGCGAGUAGUGAUGACGGAGGAGACAGACCACCAGUUGGGUCACCUACAAGGCCUCCAAACACAAUUGAAUGCGACGUUGAUAGUCUACUGAGCUCAUAUGCUAUUGAGUACACUCUAGAAAUUACUGCUGGCGACAUCCCAUCCCCAGACGACUACAGAGAUCUUGCAGUAGUGGUGGAACGAUAUAUUUCAGAGUAUUUGACAAGUCAGUUUAGUGGAUCGAACACAGUAAUGAUGACUGGUGUCACAAGCAUCACAGGCGACCUUAAUUUCCAGUCUCCAGUUGUAUUUGCAGAGUAUGAAUCCAGGGCUUGUUUUCGCCGAGGGUCGGACGUGCCGAGUCUUCAGGCUUUGGACACUGCACGUGCUGGCAUGCUAAGCACUCAACAAGAUCAAGAUUUAUUCAUUUCAGCAAUCCAAACUUUGCUUCCCACAGGAAAUAUCUUCAAGUCAAGUCUCGUUGGUGUUGAAUUCGAGAAUCUUCCAAGUGCAUCGCGACUGGAUGGCGGAAGUGGCAGUGCCGCCGUUCUUGCAUCAGCAAUCGCAGGGUGCACCAUGCUAGCAGCUGGAAUAUUCUUGUAUAAACGCCAAAGAUUACCUGGGGGUGGCUACAUCGCUGACACAAAGCCAACAUCAAAGCUCGACGAAGGCGGAGGAUCGACAGUCGCGGGUGAAACGUUUACAGGUGAAUCGUUUGCUACGGAAUCGAUACGCUCCCAUGCAACACCUCCAAAGGUGUCACCAAGGAUCCCACCAAAGCUUCCACGUAGAGCGGCGUUGUUGCUGCAAGAAGUGCAACGGAACUCAUCUAUGAUAAACAAAUCAGAGGGGGUUAACCUGUCCCCGCGUGCCAGUCUGAUGGAUUCGGAGAGCCCCACAUCAUGGAGCUCUGUUGCAAUAUCAAGAGAAACCUGGAAGAGGGAACUUGAAGAGGAACCAGCUUCUGCACCUUCGGAGAGUAGAAGAAUAGCCAAUUCCAUGUCGAAGUACGACGCGUUCCUGGAGGACUCGGACGAGGAUGACUGUUUGAAGGAUCCACAUCUAUCGAUAUAUGCGGAAGACUUGGAAGUUGCUGGAGAAUCCACGGAAGCACAAACAGAUCUUGAUAUAGAAAGUACACCGCAGUACUCGAUGGAUGAAAUCGAGGAGAUGCUUUCACACCCAAUAUGA